AUGAGCGGAGCCCUUGCCGGCUUAUCUCAGUACACCGACUCGGACUCAGAUCCGGAAGAUGCUGCUCUGCCGUCCAUCAGACUGGAUGGAUCAGCUCACUCGCUCACAUCCAUUACCAGACUGCACGAGAAUCGAUCAGUGACGUACGAAUCCAAGGUAGCUACGGAUCCGACUCGAUUGAAGAGGAAGCUACCUCCUCUUGAGGCAGACGCCCUACAGCAAGAUAGCAGCGGCGCAGCGUCGGGGCGUAUUACUACGAAUGGAUUACGUGGAGACUGGCUGUGCUACUGCUUUGUUGAAGUCGUUGUGGGACCAUCGUUGAGCAACUGCAUCGAGCAAAGUGACGACUACUUGCAAGAACAGCUAGGAUCAGAUCACACGGUGCUUGAUCUGAGGAACCGCGAAAGCUCGACGUUAGACAGCUUCGAUGACGCUGCGCAGCUCUCAACACUCGAGUCUUCAUCGACGGUUAAAGUGCGACUUCACAUCUCCUUGACUCGACCCUUUACCGUGCGCAGCUACGAACGUGACGAAUACGUCAAGAUUGCCACAGCCCAAGUGCACCAACUCAAGGAGAACAUCUCAAGCUUUCCAUUCACGUUUUCGAGGAUUGCCUAUCUCUCAAACGACGAUGCUUCACGACACUUUAUGGUACUUGAGGUUGGCUCUGGGCGUGAAAAGCUUCGUUCUCUCUCAACAGCACUGAGCACCGAGCUGCGACGAGCGUUUCGCGCCAAAGUAUACUAUGAAGAAGCCCGUUUUCAUGCAAGCAUAGCGUGUGUCAUGAACAUGACUUCGGUUUCGGACGAUCGGAUCAAGUUGGACGCAGCGCCCGAACCAAUUUCAUCACGCCUCGGCACCAUCAUUGACAAGAUAGAAGAUGAGUGGGGCGCCGAGCUGCGAAAAUGCCCGCCAGUCUGGGCAACUCGCAUCGGCAUCCAACUCGGAAACAGAAUCACCUACGUAGACUUGUAG